AUGAAGCUAUCAGUUGUCGUGUCAAUAUUAGCAGCAUUUGACUGUAGCCAAGUUGCUGCUCACGGACGCAUGGUUCAGCCUAUGGCCAUGUUCGUUCCAAGCGUGGAUGUAACGUCGUAUUCGGCUACUAUCGACAGCUCGAAGCUAUUCCCUGGUGGAGUAUUCAACACUGACCCUCUUCUCAAUAUCAAGAACUUUUUCGAGUACUUCGAGAAGUCCAAGUACAAAACUUUGAAAGAACUCAUCGAGGACAAUCAAGUAGUGAUUUCGCCCGAUGCAACAGAAACCUGUGGCUUCACAAUUCCGGAUAAGGUCAGCUAUGGUGCACUCAACAAAACAGUGUACUGGGGCAGGAACGAUGAUCUCACUCUGGAUGAAGGAUUGAACCAUCCGGGACCGUGUGAAUCGUAUUGCGAUGGAAACCGAGUUCAGACCGAUAGGAACUGUCAGGUGACUUACAAGUCCGCCUCGGGCAAGGGAGCAUCUCCUAUACCGAUCGAUACUUCACUUUGCAAAACCGCCAAGCGCUAUACGUUCUACUGGAUUGCUAUGCACGGGCCUAUCUGGCAAAUUUACAUUAACUGCAUUAACAUCAACGGUGCAACUGAAGGUGCGGAGUACAGAUUCGAUACGAAGACCACCACUACAACUCCCUCGAAAACUAAGCCAGCGGUCACACCGUCCGCACCAUCCACACCGUCCACACCAUCCACACCGUCCACAUCGCCCGCACCAUCCACACCGUCGUCACCGUCUACACGGGCAACCCCAAAGACUUCAGACAAAACCACUGAGGACGCAUAUGAAGCUGAGGUGACGACUCCUGCAAGCACGAAACCUGUUCAUGACGCGGAAACUAGCGUCGAGCAAGGUGAGGUUGCCAAUGAAGUUCAUACAGGUGCGAAGUGUUCCCGUCGCCGCGGUUCGACGUAA